AUGGAUUUAGCAGAAAGACCCGCAGUACAGCAAUUUACCAUUGGAGGAGUCUCUGGAUGGUAAGCUUGUAAACAGAGAUUUUUUUGAUUGGACCACACAGCUGGCGAGAUAUAGUCUGCUACACAGCUGUUUUUGGUGUCGACUCAGUGACAACGCUUCUCCCCACAGGGGAGGAGUGUUGCGUGUCAACACUAAAAACAGCUGUGUAGCAGACUAGGUGUGACACCAAACAGCGGAGUGUUUACGUUGGAUAAUCCAGUUUUCUUAACCCCUUUACCCGCAAGAAUGACCAACUUAAAUUUUCUCCUAACAUCAUCAAAAGAAGAGACUAUGAAAAUUAACGAAAUGAUCACUGAAGGGAACUGCAGUGAUUCUUUAUCAAAUUCUCUCACUUAGUUCUCAAGGCAGAUGACAUUGGUUUGGAGAAUUUGUUUCAGUUAUUGGGGCUUACAGUGUUCAUUUAUGGUCAAACCACUAUCCCUAACCUCUCAUCACAUAUAUCUCCUUAAUCCCAAGGCAUAUUUGGGUAUAUUGCCAAAAAUGAUAGACAACAAAUAAUUAUUAACGAUGUUUCAGCCUCACUGUAUAAAAUAGUCACCCUCUCUCUGUUGACGAAGAUUCCAUUAGGAGAUUCUCAUAUUUGAAUCCUAGCCAUCAUGAACAGUACAGCUUGCACGUAUGACCUUUAUCACAAAUUAAUGGCAACUCAAGUGCAACUCAUUUGGUUUUCCUCUUUCUAGGUUUGCAGGGUACCUUUUUAAAAGAGUUGGCAAGCUCACACUGUCCAUGAUUGGGGGAGGAAUUCUUGUUUUACAGGUAUAUAAAUCCACAACCUACAUUCCCUUCACCAAGGCUGGGGACUGAAUGAAUACAUUGACUGCUUUUCUUUUGGUUUUUUGCCGUGGUGGGCAAUUCACUGGCCAGCUAAGUAAUGGAUUUUGGCUUCACCACUUAAGAGUGCAUGAACAAAAUGUCUUAAGACAGAACUGUCUGAUAGUCACAAAAGGGUAGUACUUUGUUUCAAUAAUAUUAUAAUAAUUUCUGUUUCCUUAUGUGUAAUCUUUAUUGUAAAAUUUUCAUAUAACACAAAAAAAUAUUUAUAUUGUUUUCUUGUCACACGUGAAAACAGAAGAUCUGUAGCCAGGAUUUGUGGAAUUAAAAAUCAUAGAAUAUCAGUAAGGUUAUCUAUUUAAAAGACUAAAUUGCCAAUAGGCCAUUCGAAUGAUGGCGUCAUUUUACUACCAUGACUAGAAUCCUUUUCGUUUUUUCUUUCAUAUUUAAAUUUGGUUAUCCAAGCAAGGUUUAAAUAACAAAAGCCCUAAUUUGUUCAAGAAAAAAAAAUUCUGAAGGAUUCUGGUCGUGGUAGUAAAAUGACAUCAUCAUGCAAAUGGUCUGUUAAACAUAUGGGUUGUCAAAAGAUGGUAUUUUCCUCCAACUUUUCACUAAAGAAUGUUUGUUAAAUCAACUUUUGUAUAAGGACUUUAAAGUUAAAAAUAAGUUCUCAAUGUUUGUAUUGUCUGAUAAUGGCCGUUUUCAUACUAGAGAUGAUUAUCCAUCAGAAACGAGUUAUCCAUUGGAGAAUUCACAUCAAGCUGAUAAUAGUCGUCUUAAUUUGAAAAAGGAACAGUCUUAAUUUUGGAUGGACAAUCCACCUGACUUUAUCCAUCUGAUUUCCCGUCAAUGUUGACGGAUUUUUAAGAUGGAUAAUCCGUCUCUAGUGAGAAAACAGCCAAUUCUGAUUAUUUUACUUUCCUAAUAUGCACUUUGUCAUGUUAUUGCCAUUUAGGUAGCUCAUAGGGCAGGCUAUAUCAACAUAAACUGGAAGAGAAUGGAAAAAGAUGUGGAUAAGAUCACACACAAAGUUGGAAAACAAGUGAAAAAGAUGCGAAAAAGUGAUGAUGUUGAGAAAGGAGUUAUUGCACUUGCAAAUAGGGUAGGAAGAGGUUUAAAUUUUCAUUUGACAAGAUAGGUUAAAUACAGUCUGUCAAGUAUUACUCUAUUACUGUUCAGUUGAUUAUUACUAUUAUUUCCCUCCAUGGAGUAUUUCAUGAGACAAGACUGCUUGAUUUUUUUAAACUUGAAACUUGAAAGUUGUUAUUUCCUGGGUGCAUUAUAAAUUCUUCAUCAUUUUAUUCUCAACAGGGUUAUAAAUAUGCUCGACGUAACAUGGCUGCAGCUUCAGGAUUUGCUGGUGGAUUUCUGCUCGGCCUUGCAUUAUAAAUUUAUGACAAUAUUGGAAUUAUUAUUAAACAAUUGUGACACAUGUUAUCACCAAGAUGCAAGUGCUCACAGCCCAAAAAAUGCUUUGCUAUAGUGUUUUAUCACUUGUAUUGUGACUUAUUAGUUAAGUAGUUACUUAAGAUGACCAUAAUUUGCAAGAUUUUAGAAUAACUUUUCUUUUAGUCUUCUUCAAGCAUUGAAGUCAAACUCUCUUGGCAAGCAGUCACAAUUUUGUAAUUUUGUGAUUUAUGUCACCCUAGGAUCUACGUUAUUUUGAAAGUUUAUGGUGGCAUUCUAAUAUUACUACAAGUUUUUAUUGCUAAGAACUGUCCAAGAAACUGAAACCACUUCGGAAUAUAUUUUUGGAUCUUCAACAAUUUAUUAGUUGAAUGCUUUUAGUUUUAUACAAUUUAGUUUUAAUAUACCUUCUUCAUACUGGUAUUGUAUCAAACAAGCACACUGCACUAGCACAUGAUAAGAAUAUAAUAAAGGAG